CAACACUGCGAUUGCACGUUCGGGUCCGUGCCGGUCGGGGUCCAGGCAGUGGUUCGAAGUGGUUAACGACAGAACACAGUGACCAGUGGGGGGGGUUCGGCAGCGAUGGAAGAUCCGACGGCAGCGAUGCCCUGGAUAACCGAGGAGUACUUCGGGCGCGUCCUGGAGGCCUACCUGCACGCCGACGUCACCGUCCGGGGGUUCGAUCUGGGAGCGGGCUGUGACGGGGGGCAAAAUUUUAUGAGUGCCAUCGUGCGGGCCACGGUCCACUACACGCCGGUGGCCAGUGCAGUCUCCGAGCCGGCGAAGGUUUCGCUGAUCCUCAAAACGAAGCUCCAGAACCCGGAGCUGGCCGAGAGUGCCGAUCUGCUGAACGUGUUCGAAACGGAGAAAACGGUCUAUGGCCCCCUGAUGAAGGCGGUCCGGGAGCUGCUGACCAGCUUCGGAGACUGCACGGUGUUCGCCCCCCGGUUGAUCUACGAGGACGCUCAUGCGCUGGUGUUGGAGGAUCUCGCUGUGAAGGGCUAUCGACAACCGGACCGGCGGGCGCGCCUCGACCAGGCCCAUAUGUCCAUAGUUCUGCGGAAGCUGGCCAAAUUCCACGCCGCAACGGCGGUGCUGGGUCGCAAAAAUCGUGAUCUGCUGGAGCCGCUCGCUAGCAGCACGUUCGCCACCGAGAACAAUCCGAUCCAUCUGUUUUACGCCAACGCCAUCCAGCAGUGCAUCGAGCAAACGGUAAAGGUACCGGCGCUCCAGCCGUACACCGAGCCGCUGCGGACGUUCCUCGAGACGGCCAUCGAGCGGGAGGCCAAGUGCUACGAGCGAGACGAGCUCGCUUUCAACGUGGUCAAUCACGGCGAUUUGUGGCUGAACAAUUUACUGUGGAAGUACGACGAGCAGGGCAGCGUGGUCGAUGUGAUAAUGGUGGACUUCCAGGAGACUUUCUACGGGUCGCUCGGUUUCGAUCUCAACCAUCUGCUGCACACGUCGGCCAACACCGCGCUCCAGCGGGCAGGAUUCGACGGGAUGGUACAGUUGUACACCGCCGAGCUGACGAACGCGCUGAAGCAGUUCAAGUACGACGGCCCGCUACCGGAUCUGCAGUUCGUAAAGGGUGAACUGGAGGGCAAACGUGAUCACGCGCUGAUCGUCACCACCUGCAUCGUGGCACCGCUGAUUGUGGAGGACGCCGAGUUGGCCACACCGGAAAAUAUGCUCGGCGAAACCGAGGAAGCGAUUCGGGCACGCACCGCAGUGUACGGCAAUCCAAAGUUUAUCGAAAUCCUGGAAAUUUUGCUACCAAAGCUGAUGCAAUAACCGGCAGUCCGGUCCGACUCGAUCCGACCGCCAACGGAUGUGUUCGAUUUGGUGCAGCAUUUGUCGCAAUGGGAACGAACGUUAUUUAAUGUCUUGGUGCCCCACUUGUCUAGUUUAGUCCCCAAAAUAAAGUGCCACGUGGGGGUAAACGGAAACGCAUUUAGCCAAACCCAAACGAUACAGCCUGCAGCCGGAGUUUUCG